AUGAAAGAAGAUAGAAAAAAUAAUCACAUAUUUGGUAUUCUCUUGGGCACGCUUUUGCUUGCCGUGUUUUCUCCCUUUUCACGGGCAGCUGACUCGUUCGAUGACAACUUCAGCAAAAGCUGCCCGGCGAGGAACUUCAAGACCUCCGAAGACGGGCAGAUCUGGCACCUCUCCCUCGAUCAUGAUGCAGGUUGUGGGUUUACGACGAAGCAGAGCUACAGAUUCGGGUGGUUCAGCAUGAAGCUGAAGCUCGUCGGAGGGGAUUCUGCGGGAGUCGUCACUGCCUAUUAUAUGUGCUCGGAUUGCUCGGAAAAAGGAGUGGGGCCGGAGAGGGAUGAGGUGGACAUUGAGUUCUUGGGGAACCGGACCGGGGAGCCGUAGAGGACUGGAGAAGACGGACUGGAAGAAUGCACCAUUCGUAUCAUCAUACACGGACUUCAACGUGGAUGCGUGCCAGUGGAAGGACCCCUAUCCGGACUGCGUCUCCACCACCACGGACAAUUGGUGGGACCAGUACCCGGCGUGGCACCUCAACGAUGAUCAGAAGCUGGACUACGCCUGGGUGCAGAGGAACCUUGUUAUCUAUGACUAUUGCAAGGAUACUAAGAGGUUUCCUACUUUGCCUGAAGAGUGUUGGCUCAGCCCCUAUGCUUAAAUAUUUCUUCACUAUUAAAUUUUUGCCAUUCUUUUUUCUUUUCCCACAUUUCUAUUGAUGCAAUUUAUUGAUAUCUUACUCAAAUUAUGAUGUAUUUGUUUGAAGAGGGGGAGAGAAAAACACUAGUUUUCUUUAUUUUUAUUCUACUCUGUCAAUUGGAAUCAAUUUUGCA